AUGGAUCCCCCGUAUAUGGAGUCCAAUUUGCAUUCGGGUGAAAAUAGGGAAGGAGACCACGGCCAACUGGGAUCAAGUGAAAGCAACAACAACGAUCAGGGCUCGGUUCCAUUACCACAACUGCAACAACCACAAAACCAACAAUGCGAAAAGAGACCACUGUAUACAGAUCAUCAGGAUUCACAACACCAACAACAACCAGUUCAUUAUGGAGAAGUUGGUAGGUAUCAACCACAGUUACAGUUGAAUCUAUUACCUCCACAACAACAAUAUUUGCAACCACAAACUUACCCCAAUUCACAACAAUAUUUGCAACCACGUCAACAACCAAUAUCACAACAGGGACUGUUUUCGAUUCCUAUUCCUCAAGUACAACCACAUUUGGUACCAUUGCAGACUCCGAACUAUGUGCCCAAUUCCUAUCAACAAUUACCUAUUCAAAGUCCUUAUAACGUGACAGCACAACCACCUCAUUUUGGUCAAUUUAACCCAGGUCUUCCACAACUGAAAAGCCGCCACUCUCUGGAUUUUCGAUUUGAUGAUGGUCAUGGGAAUUUGUUGAGCUACAAUCAGGAUAGGGGAUUAGUGUCGUCUAUUCCCUCUAUACAUGCAAAUCAACAAGCCGGUGGUAUUAAUGAGUCAGGAGAGCAUGGAAUGGGAUCCGAAAGCUCCUCUUUCAAUGCAGGCUCUACUACAACUCUUGGCCAAAGUUCAAUUCAUUCACAGUUUAUUUCUAGCAGGGGAUCAACCACUACAUCAUCCACAACACCUCUUGAAAACGUGCCCCUCAAUGAAAAUCAAAAGUCGGUGGCAUCUCAGUGUACUAGAUGCAAAAAGGACUUUGUUCAAGUAAUUACUGUGCCAAAAGAGAAUAAUAAUAGUUUCAAUUUUAAGCCAUCUUCUGGCCAAUCAAAGGUGUUCAAAUUGUGUCAUCAUUGUCGUGAGCUUCAAAGACAAAGGUCAAGGAGAUGGCAGAUGAAAACAAAGGACAAAAAGGGUGUUUGUCGUCGCUGUGGAACCGAGAUUCCAUUUAAUGAGCAAAAAUUUGUCUUGUGUCCUAGUUGUCGACUGAAUUUACGAACAAGAAAAGCUAGUCGAGCAUCUCAAGGUAAAUGUAUCCAUUGUUCUAGCCCCAUGGAAGACGGCUUUGCUUCGGAUGAGAUUUCGUUGGAAGAGUCAAGUAGUGUUGAUGAAUAUGACAAGAGGUCACCCAAGUCCACCUCCUUUCGGGUUUGUCAAAAGUGUCGGGGAAAAGAUAAGCUCAGAAGGCACAAUUUACAGCAAAUGGGAUAUUGCAAUCGUUGUACAAAGGCUUUAUCUGCCAAUGACCAUGGAAAGUACAAACUUUGUACUGAUUGUAGAGCUAAAAAGAAACAAUAUGGCAACAAAGGUCAACAGAACUCACCACCACAAAUGCACAAUAUGGGUCCAGGUCAAAUGAAACAAGGUGAUCAAUUAAACAAUGGUUAUGCUUCAUAA